GGGGUCAGCCUGCGCCGCCGGCUUCCCGGCUGCGGUGCGCGGCGGGCGCACUUUCCGGACGCUGAGGCGGCGGCGGGCGCGAUGGCGGGAGUGGCUCUGAGGGUCGCUGGGCGGCAGCUGAGCCAGCGCAGCGGGCCUGGAGGCCCCGUCCUCCUGCGGCAGAUGUUUGAGCCGGUGAGCUGCACUUACACCUACCUGCUGGGUGACAGAGAGACCCGUGAGGCCGUUCUGAUCGACCCGGUGCUGGAGACAGCUCCUCGAGAUGCCCAGCUGGUCAAGGAGCUGGGACUGCGGCUGCUCUAUGCUGUGAACACCCACUGCCACGCGGACCACAUCACAGGCUCAGGGAUGCUCCGAUCCCUACUUCCUGGCUGCCAGUCUGUCAUCUCUCGCCGCAGUGGGGCCCAGGCUGAUUUACACAUUGAUGAUGGAGACACUAUCCGCUUUGGACGCUUUGCCUUGGAGACCCGGGCCAGCCCUGGCCACACCCCAGGCUGUGUCACCUUUGUCCUGAAUGACCACAGCAUGGCGUUCACUGGAGAUGCCCUGCUGAUCCGAGGGUGUGGGCGAACGGACUUCCAGCAAGGCUGUGCUAAGACCUUGUACAACUCGGUCCACAAAAAGAUCUUCACGCUUCCAGGGGAGUGUCUGAUCUACCCUGCUCAUGAUUACCAUGGGUUUACAGUGUCCACUGUGGGAGAGGAACGGACUCUGAACCCUCGGCUCACCCUCAGCUCUGAGGAAUUUGUCAAGGUGAUGGACAACCUGAACUUGCCCAAACCUGAGCAAAUAGAUGUUGCUGUUCCAGCCAACAUGCAAUGUGGGGUGCAGACCCCACCUUUCUGACCUGUCCCGUCAGGAGCUCAUGUCCGUUGUCAAGAAUGCACUGGGUGGGGUGAAGGGGGAGCUGUCAUCACUGUACCUCCCUCCCCUCCAACCCCACCACCCACCAGCUCUUCAAGCUUCUUAAAUAAAGUUGUUGGGGUUUUUUUUUUGUCUGUGA